UCUGAAGCUUGCGUGUGCUUCAUGGAUUUUAAUCGGUGCAAACCUAAUUGGUGUGUUUUAGAAUAACAUAAGCAGUCUUCGUACGUAGUAUUUUUUGUUAUACAUCAGGUUGGAAUAGCACUUCGAAAGCGGUAGAAUGUGACUGUCCUUAAUUAAACGAAAAUCUAGAUAGCCCGUCAUAUAUCAUUAUUUAGGGUGAGAUGUGUAGUUGUAACUGGAUUGUUACCACGAUUAUAGCAGUCGUUAGCUACGUUUAUGCUGCCAGUAACCAGUAUGGAACAAUAUCAGUGGAAGGACCAGCUUUUGUGAACAGGGAGGUAACACUGAAGGCGACACCGUUCUACCAUUGGGGUUGUGACGUAGAAUGGAGAUACUUAAUGGAGAAGGGAAAUGGAUUUCGUACAAUCAAUGGGACAAACGUAUCGAAAUAUUUGGAAAAUGGGUCGUUCUUUUUAAAAUGGACGCCAUCAACUGAAUACAACAAUUCUCUUUUCUUUGCCAGAUGUUCAACAAACCCAUCAAUCAAAACACACAUAACAUCUCUAAAUAUGAAAGAUAUUGUUGGUCAAUGUGGUGCUCUCAUGCUUCUAAGCCCGGUCGUUCGCGGUGCAGACGUUAUAUUGGGAUAUUUUCCGUCUGAUGACUGUAUACAGCGACAAUCAUUCACCAGACGAACGUGGAAGAAAAACAUUCAAGAGAUACAGCUAGAAGAAGGGUUUUACGAAGAAAAAACAGAAUCAGUAUAUUUGUAUACAUUAACGAUAUUCAACUUUGAUGAAAGAGAUGAGGGAUCAUAUUGUUUAGAGUGUAAUUCAGCUGAAACAACAGAAUCUGUGCAGCUUCAUCUUUUAGAAAGACCGAGUUACCCAGUACUUGGUCCAAAGUCCUAUGAAUUUAAUACAACAAAAUGUAUUUAUGUUUAUGGAGGCUCCGAUAUGUAUUGCAUAACUGAUUAUGGAACAAAACCCGUACAGGUCGUCCUUUUAGUUGGCCAGGAUUCAUUUGUUCUUUCUGAAAGCGAAGGGAACAAAGGGUUGUACCGAUUCCAUAACGUUCAUCAAUAUAUGGCUGGAUUUUCAAGACGGAAUGUGACUUGUCAGGUUUCUAAUCCAGCCCUUAAAACACCCUACGUUGUGCACGGAAUUCUAUGUAACGUUGAGAAAGGUAGCUCGCCAAUGCUUACAGUUCCUGAAUUCUUUGAUGGAGAAGGUUCGACAAUAAUAUGUACAGUUUGCAAUGCUAUACCAGCUCCGGCAAUAGAAAUACAAAUUGGCACAGUCUUGCUAACUGACGUUCAGCAAAGUGAUUAUUUUAAUGGAUCUUCUCAUACGUUUACAAGUUCAGCAAAAUUGACAAAGGCUAACAUAGCAUGGAAUGGAAAAGAAAUGUGCUGUACCAGGAAGAGCAAAUACGAGUUUGGUUUUAAAAAUGUCUCAGUAUGCAAAAACAUCAGUAUGAAAUUUCCCCCCUCAAACAUUUCGAUGUCCAUCAACAAAAUACAUGAAUACAACAACACUCAUUCUAUCAGUGUCUUAAACGUUUCUUGUGAAACGAAUGAAUCAAAUCCGCCUUGCACAAUUGAAUGGUCAAGCGACAAGGAUGCUAUGAGAUACGUUCAUAGCAACAACUGGACGAACGGUGACAGUGGGAGAUACCGUUCAGCUUCAAACGUGCUUUACAAUGUGACUAAAGGCAUGGCUGGGGGAGCUAUUACAUGUUCAAUAAAAUGCGAUCAUUUUCCAUCACAUUUAAAUAAAACUUACACAGUUACAUUUUCAGGUGGUCCGACUCUGUAUUUAAACACGACAUCACCUGUUCAUUUAUGUCCAAAUAAUAGAGUGACCGUGAAAUGUCUUGUGAAUGACAGCAAUUAUGAAGGAGGACAUUGGACGCUUCGAUGGGAAUAUGCAAAUACCACUGUAAUAAAGACAUGUACAAACACAACGGAAUGCCUGUUAAAACUGGAUUAUACAGGAGAUGGUUAUAUUACAUAUAUUUGCAAUGCUUGGACAUCCGAAAACCUUCUGAAAAACUUCUUGACAGUUUCAAGCUCAAUGACGGAGGACAUAUUUAUGGAGGCAACAAUUGUAAAACAAAGCAAUCCUAAUAUACUCAACUUAACCUGCAACACCAGCAGAAAAUGUAUGUCAUGUGCAAUUGCGUGGAGCAGCAACUUCGUCUUACUUGACCCAAUAUCGACAUCCCAAUGGACAAAGAACAGCGGCUCUGGCUAUACAACUUUUUCAAAUGCGCUCUACUUCAUAACUAAAGAUGUGGACGGAAAACGGAUACACUGUUCUGCAAAUUGUUGGAACGAAUCUUCAUAUUCAAAAAAUAGAACAUACACAAUUUCCUUUCAAGCUGUUCAAGAAUCAAGUAACAACUCUUCACCAGUUGUUACCCAACAGUGGCAUAUGUCGGUCAUUUACGCCGAAGCUGGAACAAUUAUACUUCUAAUUGUAGCGAUGUUGUCCUUUCUUCUCUUUAGCCGAUGCAAACCUCAUGUUUAUGAAAAGCGUCUACGCCGAAGGACACCUGCAGUUAGAGAGCGAAGUACAUAUGGGUAUGAUACUGCGCAUCACAAUCUGAGAGAAGUGUCAGCAAGUGCUUUCGAGAUCACAAACGCACCUCAACAUUUGGAGUUGAAAGGAAACAAAGGCCGUUCAAAUGAAAAUGAAUGCCAUUAUGACUAUGUGGACACUACAUCCGAUCACAGCGACAGUCAGACAAACGCGCCGGAUGCAAAUUAUAUUCACGCUCUAUGA